AUGUCCAGCAUGUCGCUCGAAGACUCCUCCAAGUCGCGAUCAGACUACAUUGAAAAGACCGAAUUGGGCGAUCUGGCCACGGAAUUACCUGGGAGUACCCUUUCGGAGCCGCACAAGGCAUACCUGCUACAGCGACAUGGCACGUUAGAUCUGGAUCCGGUCCCUAGUAUGGACCCUGCGGAUCCGUACAAUUGGCCCCUCCUGAAGAAAAUCAUCAACCUCCUUCUAGUCGCCUUCCACGCCUGUAUGGGCACUUUUACCGCCGCAGCCGUCAUCCCAGCCUACGAAGAAAUUGCCGAAGACGUGGGUGUCUCUCUGCAGCGAACAAGCUAUCUGACCUCCCUCCAAAUCGCCAUUCUCGGUGGUGCUCCUCUUUUCUGGAAGCCACUUUCCCAGCGCUACGGACGCCGUCCUAUCUUCCUCCUCUCGCUGAUUCUCAGCUGCGUCUGCAACAUUGGCUGUGCUAAGAGUCCGGAUUAUGCGUCCAUGGCAGCAUGUCGUGCCUUGGUGGCCUUUUUCAUCUCCCCGGCUAUGGCGAUUGGCAGUGCUGUUGUCACGGAGACCUUCUUUAAGCGCGAACGAGCACAAUAUAUGGGUAUCUGGGCGGUGAUGGUCACUCUGGGAGUGCCUGUGGGCCCUUUGAUAUUCGGUUUUGUGGCUCAACGUGUAGGGUAUCAGUGGAUUUACUGGACUCUGGCUAUUACCAACGCCGUCCAAUUCAUCCUCUACGUAUUCUUCGGCCCCGAAACACGAUACAUCGGCACCGACACGCACGCCUCCUCGGCCUUCAAGCACCAAUACCUCUCCAUUCGACGCAUCGACCCCACCCCCUUCCAACUCGCCGAGUUCUACCAUCCCCUCACCCUCAUCACUAACAUUCCCGUCCUCAUCGCCUCUGCCGCCUACGCCAUGGUCUUCCUCUUCGCGUCUGUCAUGAAUUCCGUCGAGGUGCCCCAACUGCUACAGUCGAAGUUUGAGCUCAACGCUGAACAACUUGGGUUGCAAUUUCUGGGUCUUAUUAUUGGUUCGCUGCUGGGUGAACAGCUCGGUGGUGUUCUGUCGGACACUUGGAUGAAUCUUCGCGCAAAGCGGACCGGUCACAAGCCCGAUCCCGAGUACCGUCUGUGGCUCAGCUAUAUCGGAUACUUGCUUACUAUUGCGGGGGUGGUGGUGUUCCUGGUCUGCACGGAGAAUGCACAGACCGGAAAAUGGAGUGUCAGCCCGAUUAUCGGCACAGGGAUUGGUGCGUUCGGGAACCAGGUUGUCACUACGGUGUUGAUCACAUACGCGGUCGAUUCGUACCCGGCUGAUUCAGGGAGCGUGGGCGUAUUCAUCAACUUUAUCCGGUCUACAUGGGGGUUCAUUGGACCAUUCUGGUUCCCCGAUAUGUUCGAUACUGUGGGCAUUGCAAAGAGUUCUGGCGUGGUGACGGCGUUGCUGAUGGGCGUGAGCUUUAUCCCUACAGUAAUCUUGCAGUGGCGGGGAAGCAAGUGGAGGAGUGCUUAA